UUUAAAAUAAAACGUGAAAGUGACAGUUGUUCUAACCCACAAGAUUCGAUUAUUCCAUUGUGAUAUAAUUUUGCGUAAAUAAUAACAAAUCUCAAAAUGAGGCACAUUUUGAAACAACUAACACCAAUUCUACAAAAAUCCCUAUCACACACUUCAAAUAAACAGUACAUAAACGUUACGCAAAUUAUAGGUUAUCCGCAUCAAAUUCGAUUCUGUUCAACAGAAGUCAAAGACAAAAGAGGCACUGAAAUCUAUUGUGGAGCCCUAUCACCGCAAAUUAAAUCUGUUAAAUUGUUUUCUAUAACGACAAGUAUUGCUGGGAUAAUUGGACAACCUAUAUUGUUGUCGAAGACAGCAGAAUUGGGUAAAAUAGCUACGGGGGCUGCUUUUUGUUUUGUAGGAUUCUUUACGUUUGUAACACCUAUUCUGUUGCAUUUGAUCACUAAGAAAUAUGUUACAACUUUACAUUAUAAUGAGGAAAGGGAUACGUAUACUGCUACUACGAUUACAAUGUUCUUGACCAAACGAGAGUUGGAGUUCAAACAAAGCGAUGUAGUCGUCCCAGAUGUUCCAGGAAUGUUCACAACAUUCAUGGUAAACGAAACCCCAUUAUUCAUCGAGCCAAAUCAAUUUACAGAUCCCGAACACUAUAUCAAACUAAUGGGAUUUGAUAAACCGAUGGAUUUCAAACUUAAUUUAGAUGCUACUGAAUAUAAUAAAGAAACUAAACAGCAAUAG